AUGUUUGACAUCAAUACCGCCCUGAACGAAACCGACAAGUAUGUCGAGAUCGAAAUUGAGCAUGUCGCGCACAUUGCGGCGCAGAUUACAAACGUCGAGAACGACACCUGGGUCGUCGCCGUGGACAUUGUGAUCCUGAUCCUGACCACGAUCGGUUCGCUGAUUAUUCUCGGCAACACACUGCGUAACGAGCUCCGUGGCCGCGGAUCGACCACACGCAUGCGACUUGUGCAGUCACUCAUUGUGUCCGACCUCAUGAUGGGUAUCACAGGUCUGAUCGGAUGCAUUCAGCAGCUCGCCGGCCACCCGCUAGUGAAGGACAGCGUAGAGUGCGACGGUCUCGGCGUGACCUUUACGGCCAUCGUCUUCUCUCAGCACCUUUGGACGCUCGCUCUGGCGUUCACGACAUUCAUGAUCCUGAUCCACCCCCUCAGCAAUACAACCAUUCUGCUCGAGAAGUACUGGUACUGGAACUGGCUGUUCGUGUGGGCAAUCUCCUUCGCCGUCUCCGUCGUCGGCUACGUGCUCUACGGCUAUGGUCCCACGGGCGGAAUCUGCUACUACCAGGACGACAGCGGGCUAUUCGGCGAGCUGAUUCAGUUCCUCCCCCGCGGCGUCGUCUUUGUCGUCAUCGCGAUCCUGUACGGCAAGCUGUACGUAUUCUUGAAGCGGCCGGACAAGAUCCGCACGGGCUUCAGCAACGACAGCGGCUCCUCCUGGUCGCACGGCCUAAAGGGCUCCUGGCUCAACAGCCGGAGCAAGAGCCGCCGAAAGAGGCUCUUCACGAAGCAGGAGAAGACGAUCAUCAUCGAUGAACACCACACUGAGACUUCAAGCCUGGGCAAGUCCUCCCUCCCCUCCAGGGGAGAUUCGAAAUCCGCCCCGCCAGAGCGCACGCGACACCACCACACGCACCUCCCGCACCUGCACAUGCCCCACAUGCCGCACAUGCACAUGCCACACUUCCCUCACUUCAACCCGCACCUCCUGCACCGCAAGCCGGUGGUGGCGGAGGACGACGGGAUCCCGCCCUGGGAGCGUGUCGAGCUUCCGCCCUUCCAAGUCGAUGGACAGCGAUACGGCGGCUCGGACCGCAACGACAGGCAGAACUCGCUGCUCGCUGGCUUCAUCCGACGACCGAAUUCGACACUCGCCAACUUCCCGCAGCACCAGAGGGUGUUCUCCCCACCAUUGAUGAGCCCCACGAACACUGUGCACGAGGAGGAUGAGCACGAGCACGAGCACGAGCACGACGAGACGCCUAUUGCAGAGGCGCCGCAGGAGAUCAAGCAGGAGGUCGAGGGCGAGGAGAAGGAGAAGGAAAAGGAGAUGGACACCAUGGAGCUUCCCGACAUUGCGGUGCAGCGCGCCAUCUCGGGUACGAGUGACGGCACGACGGCGGUGGACCUCGACUCCCCCUCCCGUCGGACAUUUAACCCGACCCAGUCCGCGCCAAGCACGCCGGGGACGCUGGCGCAGACGUCCUCCGAGAUCCUGUGCCCGAAGCCCAUGCUCCUGCCCAACCCCGAAAACUCCUCGGUGCUCGACCUCGAGAAGGGUCUUGUGCCCGUCGCGUCUCCGGAGUCAAUAGACGACGAUGACAUGGACCUGCUCGCGAUGCUGCGUUCUGACGGCGCCGGCGUCGGGCAAGGAACGCAGGCCUCGCACCACUCGUCCGAGUACAUCCAAGAGUCUAUGAGCAGCUAUCUGAACCGCAAGACGGCGCUGCUCAUGCUCUGGUUCCCGCUCGGCUAUGUGCUGCUCUUCGGCGUCUCGACCGUGCGCAUCAUCUACGACUUUGUCGGCAACCCGCCCACGGGCGUGCGCGCCAUGAGUCGCUGGAUGAUCUUUGGGCAGGGUCUGCUCAACCUCGUCAUCUACGGUGCGGUCGAGUUCCACACGAAACGCGUUGUGCGCCGCCGCGUGAGGCGCGGUACGCUGAACCAGCACCGGUCCGGCCGAUCCAGCGGCCACGGACACGGGCACGGGUCAGGUAUCCCGGGCCUGGGACCGUUCAGGUGGCCCAAGAGGAGCGGCACCGCCCAGUCCAACCAUGGAAGCAGCAGCCUGCCCGUGCAAGUCGUGGGCACUGGCUCGAGGACGGGCACGGGCAGCCGUAACGGUGCUGGAGCCAAGAGCCCUACUGUCUCCUUUGUCGACCCCGAGAUGAGCAUCGUCCAACGCCUUGAUGAAGAGGCACAGCUUCCCGUCUCUGUUCCUCAGCCGCAGCGCGGCGACUAG